AUGAAGUUCUCCAGCAUCUACACCAUUGCAUCUCUUGCCGCUGUCGGCAUGGCAGCUCCUGCUAUUGUUCGUCGCGAGGACUCGGCUCCUGCUGCAGAGCUGGUUAACAGUGCCGACUCGCUGGAUGGUGCCCUCAACACCUUGGGCGGACAGUCGACCACUGCAGCUGAAGCUGCCGCUCCGGCCAGCGCCAAUGCUGUCUCCCCAUACAUCAUCACCAUAUCCGCCACCAUCAGCAACCUGGAAAGGAGCAACUUCGACAAGCUGACCUCUAUCAACAACGUCAUCAGGGGCGUCUACAAAGUGACUGACGCCAACAAGGUUGCUGGCGCCCAGUCUGCCCUCGGCACCACCUUCGCAAACCUGUACCAGGACGUUCAGUCUGCCUCCAACAUUCUUGCUCGCGUCACCGUUUUUGUGCCCGGGGACCUCCAGCAGUCCGACAUCCAGGCGCUCACAACCUCCAUCUACGCCGCCCAGCGUAUCAUUGCCCGAACCCAGCAGGUGCUGGCCAACGCCAAUCAAUUCCUCUCUCCAAGCAUCUUGAAGAACCUCCAGCCUCAGAUCCAGGCCAUCAAGGGCAGCGUUCAGGGCCUCACCGAUCCCCUGACCUCGUUCGCCAGCAGAAUUGUCGAUGUCCUGCCUAACCUCAACUUGACUACUCUGCUCGCCUCAGCCCAGAACCUUGCUAGGCUUGUCGUUGGUAUCACCCAGGCUGCUGUUACCCUGCCCAACCUCGCCAAUGUCAGCAACAUUGGAAAUGCUCUUUCUCUGUCCCUCAACCUGCUCUUGGGCCCCAAGCCCGUCGCCAUCUAA